AUGGAGCUGCAGAAGUUAUUUGUUGAGCUGCUGAGGAGAUUUGACUUGGUAUUGUGUGACCCUACGAGGCCGUGGAAGUCACUCAACUAUGGGAUCUUUCUGCAAUCCCAGUAUUGGAUGAGGGCAUACCAGCUACCGGUAGAAGCGUCCGGCCAAGAUAGACCACAAAAAAGCGAGGAUGCGCUGCCUGCCGUCGCCGUUGCAGGUUUGUGA